ACAUUUUCACACACCCCUCCGAUCCAUUUGGUCCGUCCCCAUUUUAACUACUCGAGCACUAAAAAAUGGCUUGCCUUUUUCUGCUCGCUGUGGUCGGUUUUAGCGCCAUUCUCGACCUAUCCACGUCCGUACCUGUGGCAAGUCGAGACGAUUUUCACCUUUGGAUGAAGGAGAACGGAAAGACAUACCAAGACGAGAAGGAGUUCGAGCGCAGGUUUGAAAUUUUCUUGCAGAGCGCCGAGGAAGUGGCCGCUCACAAUGCAGGUGGUCACUCCUACGAACUCGAGCUCAACAAGUUUGCAGACAUGACGUUUGAGGAAUUUCGGGAUGCGUACCUGAUGACGACACCUCAGAACUGCUCGGCUACAGGGGAGAAGAAGGCGCGGGUCCAGUCCCGGGCCGGUCCCGUCCCGGCGAAGAAGGACUGGCGGGACAAACCCGGCGUGGUGUCCGGAGUCAAGGACCAGGGGCACUGUGGGUCCUGCUGGACAUUUUCUGCAACAGGUUGCCUGGAGUCUGUGACUGCCAUCGCGUUCGGUGCCCCCAUGAACCUGUCCGAGCAGCAGCUGGUCAGCUGUGCGCAGGGCUUCAACAACCACGGCUGUGAGGGCGGGCUGCCGUCACAAGCCUGGGAGUACGUCAAGUGAGUGGGCCCGGGUAUUGAAAGCGAGAAGGACUACCCCUACACCGCUAAGGAUGGCAAAUGCAUGUUCAACACCAACAAGACCAUUGCUUACGUCAGAGAUGUCGUCAACAUCACCCAGGGAGACGAGGACGAAAUUCUUAAGGCGGUUGGCACACUGAAUCCUGUCAGCAUCGCAUAUCAAGUCGUUGCUGACUUCAAGCUUUACAAGAAGGGCGUGUACUCCAGCAAACUGUGUCACCGCGACCAGGAGCACGUCAAUCACGCGGUACUAGUGGUGGGGUACGGCGAAGAUGAGUCAGGUAUCCCCUACUGGAUUGUGAAGAAUUCCUGGGGACCCAGUUGGGGCAUGGACGGCUACUUCUUGAUCGAGCGGAACCAGAACAUGUGUGGGCUGGCGGAGUGCGCGGCCUACCCGCUGCCUCCAGACGACAAGUGAUGCGCACGAUUUUAACAGAAAUUACGAUUUUGGAGCUGUCUUUAUUGCAGAAUAAUUCUAUAAAUUGUAAUAAAAACUGUUACAAUCACGUCUC